AUGAACUGUUCAGCUGCACCAAGUCUGUUCUCCGUCGACAAGUCGUCCACCAGGAUCAUUGUGGGGGAGAAGGCGGCAGCUCUGAUGACCUUGGUGGUCAACUGUAUCUUCACCCAGAUCGUGGCUGUCGUUGGCUGCUCCUGUAACCUCAUCACAGUUCUGGUUCUUCGCCGCGACGGUUACAAAGACCCCACAAAUCUGCUGCUUCUUUCUCUGGCCAUAUGGGACCUCUUGUUCCUCCUGUCGCUAUGGUUACGUAAACUGCGAUGUCCUGUGGCGUACAUCGCAGAACUGUUGGGCGGGGAAGAGAACUUUAUGUUUGCUAAACGUUAUAACGCUUAUGUAACGGUUUACGGCGUUUUUCCCUUCUACAGAACCGCCAUGUUUGUUUCUAUGAUGCAUGUGGUAGUGAUGACCUUUCAACGUUUUCUCGUCGUCUGCUUUCCCCUGAAAGUUUCCCAGUGGGUAACCGUUAGAUCAAUGAUGACAGUACUUGUGAGCUUGUACGUCACAUCAUUCGCAAUGUUUGCGCCUUUCUUCCCAGGACAAGCCGUGGGAUCUGCAUUUGACCACAAGUACAACAGGACAUUUCCGAUUUUUGAGUUCUCCACAUUUUACGAAACUAAUCUUCAAAUCAUGACUGUAUACAAUUCAGGCUUCGUCAGCAUCGUCCGAGGCCCUUUAUCCUAUUUCUUGGUCAUUUUUCUUUCCACCGUUAUUGUGUACAAACUCUCAAAAGCCGACCAGAAACGCUCAGCCAUGAUGUCAUCAAACAGUGCGCACGGCGUCAAGGUAACCCGGAUGUUGUUAGUCGUGUGCGCAGUGUACGUUGGUUGCAGCUCGCCAUCUUUUAUGCUUUUUCCCACCUCUUUUUUCGUUCCUUGGUUUGGGAUAGGCAACGCACAGUUUUAUCUGUUUCUGGAUGUGGAAGAACUUCUGCAAGCGAUCAACUCGAGCGCGAAUUUCUUCAUUUACAUUCUCAUGUCGAAAAAGUUUUACAAUACCUGCAGAGACCUCAUGCUUUGUGCUUGCAACUCUAGUUCAAGACGUGCUGUUCAUCAAUAA